CCCUAUAACUGCUGUGAGUGUGGGAAAAACUUUGCUCGGCGCUCAACCCUUAUUACACAUCAGAGAAUCCAUACCGGAGCAAGACCCUAUGGAUGCUGUGAGUGCGGGAAAACCUUCAGUCAGCGGUCACAUCUUAUUACACAUCAGAGAAUCCACACAGACGACAGCCCCUAUGAAUGCUGUGAGUGCGCAAAACACUUCAGUGUGAUCUCAUACCUUAUUAGACAUCAGAGGAUCCACACAGGAGAGAGGCCCUAUGAAUGCUGCGAGUGCGGGAAAACCUUCAGUUACCGAUCAGGCCUUAUUACACAUCGGCGAAUCCAUACAGGAGAGAAGCCCUAUGGAUGCCAUGAGUGCGGGAAAACCUUCAGUCAGAGCUCACACCUUAUUACGCAUCAGAGAAUCCACACAGAAGACAGGCCCUACGAGUGCUGUCAGUGCGGGAAAACCUUCAUUCGACACGCACACCUUAUUAGACACCAGCAGAUCCACACGGGAGAGAGACCCUAUGAAUGCUGUGAGUGCAGGAAGACCUUCACUCGGAGCUCACAUCUUAUUACACAUCAGAGGAUCCACACAGGAGAAAGACCCUAUAGAUGCUCCGACUGUGGGAAAAGCUUCCAUCAGAGCUCAGCUCUUAUGUAUCAUCAGAGAAUCCACAAGGGAGAUAAAAACCAUAAAAACUUUGUCUAGGGCUGACAAAAAGGUUUUUUAAAAUAUUUUUGCUGAUUCCUACAUAGUGACCUUUAAGCCUAUUUGCACUAUUUGUCAUCGUAGUCUCCCAGGUCCUUCCAGGUGAAAGGCCCACUUUGCAGCACACUUUUGGGAUGAAUCCUGUGGUCGUUUCUGUCAGCUCCUUUGUUCUGAGACAAUUCUAUAAUAAUAAGACAGCACUGAAUGAUGCAGGUUUGACUAGAUCAGAGGGGAGUGUGAUGGGAGAAUCUAUUAUUCUGAUUCUGAAUUAUCCAAUGCAACCUUCUCUGGAAUUUCACUUUAUGUGAAACUGGAAGUGUCUUUUACCUCUUAUGUGAUAUGAGUUUUUCCUCUCUUUCCUGAAGGCCGUUUGGUCACACAACUGGAUAUUACUUUUGUUUGACAGACUGUAACUCAGAUUUAUUGGGAACUUUGAGACAAAUAACCAGCUGCUAAAACACUCAUUUCUCACUUUAUUUUAGCUUUUCCCCCACCCCUCCAUGAUGACAUGGAGAAAGUUCAACUGCAGUUCAGUAAACAGGAGAAACUACGUCAAGUUAUUGGACAUGAUAGAAAGGAAACCGAAGUAUUCUUAUAACGCUCCAGUAUGAAACGGUGAACAGCAGCACACCCCAAAUUGUGCAACUAAUGGAAGUAACUAGGUAUGAUCACAGUGUUGUUCAAUUGCUUAAGUCAAUAUUGUCUCAGAUAAUCCCUGGAGAGAAUUCCACAGUAAGGGAUUUAGGAGGAGGCAAAAUACCCAUGUAUUUGGUUCCCAAACAGUUGAGACCUAGUACCUACAAGAUCUCUUAACUAAUCCUAUGAUUUAGGACACAUUGUCCCUAACUACAUAGAUGUGGAGGAAGCAGAAGUGGUGUUCUUGUUGAACUCAGCCUUUGUAGUGCACGUGUAUCCAAUUAACUGAGUGUUGAAUGUGACAUAGCUGCAGAAAACUAAUUAUUUUCAAAUAGAACUCCCCCCCCUCCACCUUUGGUAGAUUAGAGAUUCGGAUCCAGGCCUGUAUCUAGUUCUUAACUUCGAUCUGUGCCAACAGAUUAAAGAAACAAACACUUGUUGGCCAUUUGUUACUAACACUGCUGAGAUUUUUGGUGGUUUGGUAAAGGAUUCUGCUCCAGAGAAGUAUAAGUUUACUCUGACCAAGGCCAAGAAUUUGGCAAGAACUCAGGUCAAAAAAGCAUUCACACUAGAGAAGAAAGCUAUGGUGGACUAUGGUCCAGGUAAAACUGUUUUUAAAACAUCCUUCGCUAGUGCAGUGGCAUUGACUACUGUCUCAGUUGCGAACAACAGCUCGAUUGGGAACAAUUGUCCUUUACCAUCUGGAUCCAAAGUUUCAAGAGGCAAAGAAAGAAGCAGUUGGUGCCUUCAGAGGACAUUCCUUCCCAUGGAUGCCAAUCUUGCUGCUUUGUUGGACAUUGAAGACUUUUAUGAUAUUCAAGUGCUGAUAACCAAUGAGGGAAUUGACGUGUCAGCCUCUAGCUCUGACCUGAGUCCUGAUUCUAUGCUUUUGUUUGCUCUUGUGUCUUAUGCAUUUGCAUCCCUUCUCAUCCACCUCCUGCUACUUUGAAAGAUUAAAAUGUGGGAAAAGGUGCUUGUUCUCAUGAUACAAACUUUCCCAUGUAGUGCAAGACCCCUUUCCACAAAUUGUGGCAGAAGGUCCAGCCACAAACAAACUCACAGAAGUAGCAGGCCCGUUUUGGGAUAAGCUACAGCUUUAUACAAGGGUUCACUUGGUGGAAGUAGGGAUUAAAAGAAACCUAACGUGUAUGAUAAGAUUGUGCAAUCUUUGACCCCGUUGUUACCAAUGAAAACAAAAUUAAAUAUGAAGUUUAGUGGUUAAAGAGUAAAGAUUAAUUAUAUGACAAUCUAAUUUAGAUUGUAAAACUGAAA